AUGCUUCUGCAAAACUUCCCUUUGUUUCCUGAGACGCACAAGGAUAUUGCUGUGAUCAUGGAAAUCAAAGGGAUGUUAGAGUGGGAUUGGUCAGUGGAUAUGCAGGUCUUUCACAGAGACGGCAAUGGCAUUGCUGAUUUACUAGCCAAAAGAGCACUUAAUGGAGCAAUGGGUCUGGAAAUACUGGGCCCUGAGACAAUGAUGGAAAUAUUGCAGGCCACUGAUGUUAUACUCACUGAAGAUAGGAAAGAUGGAGGUUAUAUUCAAUGCUCGAGAUCUCAUGACCAGUUCGUUGCUGAAGAAGAUGAGUCUAUACUUCCAAGAUUCCAAAUCCUUGCGAUGGUGCGUCAUGCUGAUGGAGUUGGGGGUUCUUCAAGUUCUUCCGCUUCAACUAAGAGAAGGAAGUAUGAUGUGUUUUUGAGCUUUAGAGGGGAAGAUACUCGGAAAAAUUUUACUGAUCAUUUGUAUGCUGCUUUAAAACGCAAAGGAUUGAGAACUUUCCGAGAUGACGAAGAACUUGAAAGGGGAGAAUCUAUUAAUCAGAUAAAGGAAGAGACAAGUCUUCAAGUAUUUCCGAUAUUUCACGGUGUAGAUCCUUCUAAUGUUAGGAAACAAAAAGGAAGUUUUGCAGAAGCAUUCACAAAGCAUGAAGAAAGAUUUGCUGAAGACAAAAUAAAAGUGCAAAAGUGGAGAGAUGCUUUAAAAAAAGUUGCUGCUUUAUCUGGCUGGGACUCAAAAAAUCGGUAUGAAACAGAAUUCAUUGAAAGCAUUGCUGAUGAAAUCGGGUCAAAGUUACUUGAUAAAUCAGCAUCUGAUCUUGGCAAGUUAAUUGGAAUUGAACCAAAAUUAGAUGAAUUGAAUUCAAUCAUAGCAAGGGAAUCAGAAGAAGUUGGGUUUAUAGGAAUAUGGGGUGCAGGAGGCGUAGGCAAAACAACUCUUGCUAGAGCCUUUUAUGAGCGAGAACGAAAGCGAAAGAGCAAAAACUUUGAGAUUCACUGCUUCCUUGAUAAUAUUAGAGAGGUAUGUGAAAAAGAUGGUUUGAUUUCGUUGCAAAGAAAACUUCUUUUAUCUUUGUACAAAAGGAGUAUAGAAGUGGCUGAUUUUUAUGAAGCAAUGGAGUUAAUAAAAAGGAAGUUAACCGACAGAGAAAUUCUACUUGUCCUUGAUGAUGUGAGUCAUGUUAGCCAACUUGAGAAGUUGGCUCCAAGGCAAGGAUGGUUCAGCAAAGGGAGCAUAAUAGUGAUAACAACAAGGGAUAAGCAUUUGCUAUCAUCAUAUGGUGUAUCUGAUAGUGCUAUAUAUCACAUUGAAUUCUUGAGUGAUAGCGAGUCCCUUGAACUUCUCAUUCAAAAUGCCUUUAAAGAAGGGCAACCUAAUGAAGAUUAUUUGAACCUUGCUAGAACCGUCAUUGAAUAUGCUGGAGGCCUUCCUUUAGCACUCGAAGUGUUAGGUUCAUUUCUUUGCAAAAGAACGAUAGAGGAAUGGGAAGAUGCACUAGCUAAGUUCGAGAAAUGUCUUCCAGAGGACAUUUCCAAGAUACUUGAAGUGAGUCUUCACGGAUUAGAGCUUAAUGAGAAGACUAUAUUCUUGGAUAUUGCUUGCUUUUUCAAUGGGAUGGACGAAGAUCAUAUCAUACAAAUUUUAGAAACAUUGGAUAAGGAUCUUCACCCAAAAAUUGGAAUAAGGGUUCUUAUUGACAAAUCACUAGUAAUUAAUUAUGAAGGGCAUUUGCGGGUGCAUGAAAUUCUGCAAAAUAUGGCUAAACAUGUUGUCUAUCAAGAAUCAUCUGGUGAUGCCAGCAAGCUUUCUAGGAUAUUGUCCUUGGAUGAUGCCAAUCAUGUAUUAGGAGGAAAUAAGGUGACGGAAGAAGCAACCCGGGGAAUAAUGCUAACAUUAGAAAAGUCAUGUGAUGCAUUUUGGGAUCCUGAAGCCUUCUCAAAACUGAGUAAUCUCAAGUUACUUAUCAUUUCAAGUCACUCAUAUGUUUCACAUUGCCAACUGAAUCUUCCGCUUGGACUCAAGUCUCUUUCCAAAGAGUUGAAAAUCAUAGAAUGGGAGGGGUAUCCAUUAUUUUAUUUGCCAAGUCAACCUCAACUCAAUCAACUUGUUGUGCUAAAAAUGCGACAUAGCAAGUUAAAAGAACUAUGGAGAGGAAAACAGUCUCUUCGAAGCUUGAAGUCCAUUGAUCUAUCUCAUUCAGAAUACCUCAUCAAAACCCCGAAUUUUGAUGGAAUUCCUCAUCUUGAAAAGUUGAUUCUUCAAGGGUGUUCUAACUUGGUUAAAAUUCACCAGUCUCUUGGGCAACACAAGAAACUUGUCACUGUUGACUUGAAAGAUUGCAAAGAAGUUAAAACGCUUCCAGAAAAAUUUGAGAUGAAUAGCUUGGAGACUUUUAUUCUAUCAGGUUGUUCAAAAGUUAGAAAACUUCCUGAGUUUGGAAAAGAUAUGACAUGUCUAUCGAAGCUUGAUUUAGAGAAGACUGCUCUAGCCAAACUACCUCAAUCGUUGGGUAAUUUGAUUGGUCUCGUUGAAUUAAAUUUGACAAACUGCAAAAAGCUGGUCUGUCUUCCAUGUAGUGUUAGUAAGUUGAAAGCUCUGAAAGUUAUCAAAUUGUCUCAAUGCUCGAAGUUUUCAAGGCUGCCAGAGAAUUUGAAUGAAAAUGAAGCUUUGGAAGAGCUGGAUUUGAGUGGGAUUGCUAUACAGGGUUAUCAUUUAGUGACUACAAUAGCGAAACACAAUCUUCAUCAUCAUGGAGUUGCUUAUCCCUUCUUCAAAGGCCUUCAAGCUCCAAAAAGUUUUUGUUGCCGCCGUCUUUGUCGUUCUUGA